GCUGCCAUGACAACGAGUCCGCGCCCCGCGCACAGCUGCUGCUCUGGCGGGACCCAGGCUGGACCGCGGGCCCCGGCCUGGGGGCCACUGCUGCCACCGCCGCCGCCACCUCGUCUCCUCCCCGUCCCCGCCCCGUGUCUCCUCGUCUCACUCGGGCCCGCGGCCGGGGUCCCUCCCCGCCGCCCCACCCCGCGCGGAUGCCGAAGGUGAAGGCGCUGCAAUGCGCCCUGGCGCUGGAGAUCCGCUCUGUAACUUGUCCAGGAGUGGUGCUGAAAGACAAGGAGGACAUCUAUCUUAGCAUCUGUGUGUUUGGCCAAUACAAAAAGACACAAUGUGUCCCAGCCAAUUUUCCACUGGUCUUCAAUGCCAGAAUGGUGUUUGAAAAGGUGUUCCCUGAAGCAGUAGACCCUGGAGAUGUGGUUGCACAGCUGGAAUAUGAUACAGCAUUGUUUGAGUUGAUUCAACUAGUUCCACCAGUGGGUGAAACACUGUCUACAUAUGAUGAAAAUACACGAGAUUUCAUGUUCCCGGGUCCAAACCAAAUUUCUGGACACCAUGAUUCAAACCGCCAGGUUACCAUGAGGAGGAUUUCUGGCCUUCGAGGAAUUGCUCCAAAGCUGGAAUUUUCUACAACCUCAGUGAUUACUGAAUGUCUGAUAAGUUCAAGGAAGUGCCGCACUCAGGAUAAAUUUAUUUACCACACGGCUCCAGUUGAAAAAUCACACGGCAGACUGCAAAGCAGAACAUCAAGGUCACAAAAGAAGAAAUCCAAGUCACCUGAGAGAAAUAAAUAUUGCAUAAAUGCAAAAAACUACGAACAGCCUACAAUUUCUUCAAAAUCACACUCUCCAUCUCCCUACACAAAAAGACGCAUGUGUGAGCUCUCGGAAGACACCAGGCGGCGGCUGGCCCAUUUAAAUCUGGGACCCUAUGAAUUCAAAAAAGAAACAGAUAAACCUCCAUUUGUGAUUAGACAUGUCGACCCCCCAAGUCCCAGGGCUGAUGCUUUAUUUGGAUCUUCUGGCAGAGACUGUGAAAGAGAUGGGUGGUCCAGGAUGCACAAUGAUCAUUCUCAUCUUGGCUGCUACCGACCCAAGGAUUAUAAGGUUAUCAGGACACCCCAUGGGAGAGACUUUGAUGAGCCCUUGGAAAGGUGUGAUGAGUAUUUAAGCUCACGGUCAUGUAGCAAGCCCCAGCAUUCAGCAAGGACCUUACCUGUCCAUUCAGCACCCUCAGCAAUGCCGAAGCAUUCUCCAAGCCCUGUGUUAAAUCGAGCUUCUCUCAGGGAAAGGAUAGAUGAGAGAGACCCAGAGAAAGAAGAUGAACUGGAACUGAAAAGAGGUCUUUUAUACAGAGACUCUGCCUAUGACAGUGACCCAGAGUAUAGCUCAUUUCAGCGGCCACGUGGCGCUCUCCAUUUGGAUGAUGGUGAAUACUGGUCCAGCAGGGCAACCUCUUAUAAAGGAAAAUCCCACCGACCCAUCUUUGAGAACAGCAUGGACAAGAUAUACAGGAACUUGUACAAAAAGGCCUGCAGUUCUGUUUCUCAUACACAGGAAAGCUUCUGAGACCAUCCAGGAUAAACUGUAUGGGUGUCUGUGUCAGCUUCUCAAUGAAAACGUUUGAUGUGAUCAAUAUCUGUAUUCUUUUUUUUUUUUUUUUUUUGGACAGGUGGUUCUGAGUACAGUAGUUAGAUGUGAAUACGUUUAUUGCUUCAAAUGGUAAAUUAUCAGAGGCAGUCCCUUUUUUGUCACAGAAGAGAGUGCUCUGUUCCAGAAGUCAAAGCUCCGCACCACGAUCCCAGCUUCCAGUCUGAAUAUGAGAAGGUUGCUCUGCCACCUCAUCUCAUCUCUGCAUCUAAAAUCCAACAAUAGAUUCUCUCUAGAAAUGGUCUUCUGCUUGAUCACCUUGUGAUUUUCUUUUCAUCUGCUUCAUUGGUUAUCUUGUCUAAGAUUACUAUUAACUCCUUUUUCUUGAUAAUGAGCAAAAAGAUGUACAGAAAUGAAUUUCCUAAGUUUAAACCCUGUUUUCUACUUAUUUCCGCCCUCCCCCCCCCGCAAAAGGCUACUUGUACUUCUUAGCUAAUAAGAAAUAGUUUUCUUUUUAAAGUUUAUAUAAUCAUUCACUUCCUCUUCUCGAAAAGAACUAAGUUACCUACAAUACAGUCAGCUAGAAAUAGCAGUGGCCAUGUGUGACCCAAAAUGUGAAUAACUGAUUUUUAAAAAUAGAAUUCUUUGCAUGAUUUUCUUUUAAGGCCAUUUCUUUUGGCACAACCAGAAUCAGAAAAUAGUUUUUGUUAGUAAGCAUGUAGAAACUCAGAGAGAAUAAAGGGAUUAUAUUGUAAUUUUAAACUCUCUUAGAGUUUUCAUAGGUACCAAAUAGCCAGGAAAGUAGUAUCUUUAGUUAAAGGACACUUGGAACCAUAAAGAGGAGUAAAAUAUUAUACAGAACGCUUUGUACCUGGAGGUCUGAUAGCUGAUAAAAUUAGCUUCUCUCCUCCCCACUCCCCCGCAAUAUCCGCACCUGUGAGGCCAGUGAGUCUUUGAAGAUAUGAAGAAAUCGGUCAUCUCAUAUUUACCAGAGUAAGUGGAGGGAAAGCAGCGAAUAGAAAAUAAGUAAACUUGGCUUACAAGCUUGAAGAGUUGACUACAAGGUAUUGUUCUCUCAUUGACUCUACCUUUGGUUAAUUCUACAGUUAUGAUUUAAAAAGAAAAAAAAUGUUGAACUCCAUUUAAGUUGAAAUUAACGUGUAAAAUUGAGUGACUUGUUUUUGUAUUAGGAGAAAGGAUAUAAUACUUGUUGUCUAAUAACAGGAUUUUUAGACUUCGUGUUAAGAGUGUUCUGGUGUGGCAGUCUGUGAUGUAUGGCAAAGUGCAUCGGAGAAAGGGGCCAGGAGGCCUAGGCUUUAUUUAGUUUCAUCCUGCCCUUCUCCCGCUGAGUCUCUUUAAUUCUCUGAGCCUAACUUUCCUCAGCUCUCAAAUGAAGAGAAUGAAGUGGAUCAGCAUAUCCCUAACCGUGUUCCGUGGACUUGUAUUCUAAGAGAUGGCUGUAGGAAUGUAGAUACAGGCGUUCAUUAGUCAUAUAAGUUGAGGAAAAGCUAUACACUAGAUUCACACUCCCCAACUUAGAGAGUCAUAGGUAGGAUGGCAGGAACGAAAGGCAGGGCUAUUGAUACUGGAACAGCUGUUCCAGGCUGGAGCUGCCCGGGCAAACUAGCAUGUAUGGCUGAUAUAAUAAACACCAGCCUGUUAGAGGCACUAAGAAAUCCUGGCAUAAACAUGUUUCACUCUAGCAUCUGGUCUGGAGUCUGACGCAUAGUUAGUGCUCAGUAAAUAAUUUUUUAAUUAGCCCAGAAUUUUCUCAAGUGAGUAUGUAGCAAUAUUUGUCAUCAUGGCCAUCCUUCCCCUCCCAUCCCAUCCUCUUAGCUCCCUACAGUCCCUUUCAAAUGUGCCGUCCUCAGGUACAUGUGGACACCAGUUGGGGAGAUGGUACACUACACAAUCACUGAGUCACCCUCUGGCUGUAAGUGGUAGGGUGAUGUUUUGUACAAUGAGCCUUUGAAGGUCAGCAUUGACUAAUGUUUUUUUUUUUUAACAAAAAAUAUCAUCAGUGAAAUUUAGUAUGUUUUGUUUUUGUUUUUGUUUUUUGUUUUUGUUUGAGGAAACAAAUGAAAAAUUCUUCCAUUUGAAAGGCCCUGCUUGGUCAAAAGAACAAAUAUGAACUUCAAGGAAAAAUUCACUGACAUAGAAAAUCUCCAGAGUGAAUAACUACAUCAAAAUUACCUAUCACACCUAUUUCUGCCAUUGGCUAUACAAAGACCACAAAAAAUGAGUCUCAAAGGGGAACUUCAGAAUAUAAUAUUCUGAAAAAUAUUUUCCUGUAGAUUACAUUUGACUUCUCUCUGAAGGAUCAGGUGCAAGUUUCCCGAUAUGUAGUGUCUUGGCUAAGUGUCUAUUUCCGUUUCCUGGGGGAAGGAGUGUCUUUGUUGCUAUCCCUAACUACCACUACGAAUUCUUAUAUUAUUUUUAAGGAUUAAACCCUUAAAUAUUAAUAGUUGUCCUUUCUCAUUAUAAGAAGCAGAAAGAUGCAGUUAUUUCCUUAGCCUUUUAAAAAUAUUUCUUACAAUCUAGUAAUAGUUAUUGGACUUAAUAUGAAAGAUAGAUUGAUCAUCUUCCUUUUAAGGUAUUUUUGUCCUUUAAAUAAAAAAAAAACCUGGGAAUUUCAGGAAGAAAGAUGUCAGUUCAACUAAGAAAAAAAGAUGUGUGAUUGGACAGAAUGUGAAGUCUUCAUGGUCCCACUAUUAGUUAUACAACCUUGUUCAAGUCAUUUAUCCUUCUUGGAGCUCAGUUUUCUUAUCUAUAAGGUGAUGAAGGGGUUAAUUUAGAAGGGUCUUUUAAUGUUCCAACACUUCUAUAAUUGUGUAAUUGAUGAACAUGGAGAUGUAAACAAGUUCUAGGCAGCACAGUUGUAUUGUAACUUCAAAGAUUAAGCCCCUGGUUAAAAAUCUGGAGCAGAUAGAGCGUUCUCAUUAUUGUGUUCAUUUUCCAAUAAUAGCUUUAUUGAGAUGUAACUCAUAUACUGUAACGUUCACCUUUUAAAGGUAUACAGUCGCAUGGUUUUUAGUAUAUUCACGGAGUUGUGCAGCUAAAACCACUAGCUAAUUAUAAAAUAUUUCAUGACUCCAGAAAGAAUUCCCGAACCCAUUAGCAAUCAUUCCCCAUUCCCUUCUGCCCUCACCUCCUGGCAACCAGUAAUCUGCUUUCUGUCUCUGUGCCUAUUCUGGACAUUUCAUAUAAAUGGAAUCAUACAGUUUGUGACCUUUUGUGUCUGGCUUCUUUGCCUUAACAUAAUGUUUUCAUAGUUCAUCUGUGUUGUAAUGCACAUCAAUAUUUUAUCCCUUUGAUGAUUAAGUAAUAGUCAUAAUGUGGAUGCACAACAGUCCAUUGAGGAGCAUUUUUAUUCCCACUUUUGGGAUAUUAUGGAAAGCACUGGCGUGAAUAUUCGUGUAUGAGUUUUUGUAAGAACAUAUCUUUUCAUUUCUCUCAAGUGUAAACCUAGAAGUGGAAUUGCUGAGUCAGAUGGAAACAUGAUGUUUGACAUUUUGAGGAAAAGCCAAACUGUUUUCCCAAAUGACUCCACCAUUUUACAGUUUCUGUGUUUUUUAAAUUUUACGUUAGGAUCAUAGGCUAGUUACACAUUUAAGUAUCAUCCCCCCAUUCGACACAUGUGUAUUGAGCACUAUGUUAGAUGUAGAGGGUAUAAAUUUAUUAAAUGUACCUUCCCACAAGUGUGAAGAGUCUUUGAAAAAGAUAACAGUGUAUUUCAACAUUUACAGUAGUUUGGUAACUUCUACAAUGGAAGACAUCAAGAAUGGGGAUACAGCAUUCCAGCUUGGUGCGGAAUUUGCAAAGGCAUGAAAAUGGGGGAGAGAUUGAUUGUUCGGGAAACUCCCAAGUGCUUUCACUGGAGAUGGUGCGCAGGGAUGCAAAAGCUUUGGAAGGAUCUACUGAGUGCAAUAGAGAACGGCAAAGAGAAUGACGGGCCUGGAGCAGCAUAGGAAGAGGUGACCUUUGAGCUGGACAUUGAAAGAUGGGAAUGACUUUUGAGAAUAGGAAACUAAGAUGGAAUAAACUAAAUAUUGAUCAGGUUUUAUGAGGGUAGAAGUGGGAUAGAGGGAAAUAUCUAGUAAUCAGUUAAAAAUAAAGAUCUAGGACUUGGGAGAACUCAAAAGUAGAAAAUGGAUUUUUGGAAUCAGAUAAAAAUAAUGAAGUGAGGGGAAAACAAAUGGAAGCUCUCUGCUGUUCUUGUCCUGAUUUGUACGUGACCGUUAUAGGCGCCCUGACAGGAGUGAACCUCGAGCAGUUUCACUGUUCCUCAUUGUUGAGGCUCUGGCGGUUAGCAUGUUAGAGGGCCACCCUUUUAAAAAUGAGGAAAAAUAAUAGAAUUCUAUUUCUAUUCUAAUUAGGAAAAAUAGCUAGAAAUUCGUAUACAAAAUGAAGAGAUAAGAGAAGAAACCCAACUUUUUGUUUUGAGUUAUAUUAUGAGUAUAUUAUUCAUCUCUGAGUGAUACGCUUAGUUUAAUAAUAUAACGUUUCUUAGACAACCAGAGCUGGUGAAUAUUCAUCCAUUUAACAAAUAUUAUUGAAGGUCUUCUCUGUUCCAGGCAAUCUGACUAAUCAUCCAGAGAAACAAAAACACAGUUCCUGACCUGAGUUUGUGGGGGGCGGAGGGAGACUGACAUUUACUUAUUACAGUGAGAGAAAUACUGUAAUAGAUGCUAGAAAUGCUAUAAAGAUGAAGAGGAAAUCCUAAUUAAUUCUUAAUGGUGUCAUAUACUUCAGACAGGGAUGAUAGAUGAAAUUAGCUGGUACUCUAUCUAGAUGGCCUGGAGAGCAUAAGCCUUAGAAAAUCACUAGGAUUUUUAAAGUAGGAGGCAAAUAAUCCCACACAGAACAGCUAAGAGCGUAUAUACUGCCACACCUACCUUCUUCUCUACAGGUUAAUAAAAUUAGUUAAGCCCUUAUUCUCUUUACCAAAAAUAACUCUACUUUUGAGGGGGAAAUGUGUGUGUGUAUAAGGUGUGUGUAUACUUUCUUGGCUAAGAAAGUACAUUCUGCUGUAUUUCUAUAGAUCACCUCCACAAAAGUACCGAACACGAGUUAGUGAAAUAAAUCAGAAUUCUUGAA